AUGCGGCCUUCACAGUAUAUCUGGCGUCCUCGGCAUCCCGAGGCGAUGUGGAGCCUCAAACGCUUUGCAUCGAGCAUUCGUCUACAAACUGAUUUUGGAGAAGCCACACCGGCUCAGCGACCCAAGAACUCAUUUUCGCCUUUAUAUUUAACUGAACCUGUUGAAAGAAAAGGUGCAUUCUGGAGAUAUUUACGUUCAGCACGGGAAGAGGCUCCAUACAUUGCUGCAGCUGUAGUUGGUGUGGGUCUUUAUAGCGUUGCAACACUUGCAAUUCCUGCUGGUUUUGGCGAACUUAUUGAUUUUGCCAGUAAAGGAGAAAUGCCUCUUGGUACAUCUAUGCAAUUAAUUGGAUGGUUCACUGUCGCUGGUGUAGGUAACUUUAUGCGUUUGGCUUGUAUUGGUUACGCUGGGGAGCGAGUUAUUGCACGUCUACGUGGUAGACUCUAUCGUGGUAUCCUUUCACAACCAGCUGCUUUUUUUGAUUCCCCAGCGAAUAGUACCGGUUCUUUGGUACAACGACUUUCAAUGGAUUGUAAUGUGGUAGGUAGCUCACUUACAGAGGCUGUAAUGCAAGGAAGCAAAAAUACGCUUCAAACUAUCGGAAGUAUUGGGAUUAUGCUUUACUAUUCUCCUACUUUAACGGGUGUGAUAUGUGGUAUGAUUCCACCAUUGGCAAUAUUUGCUGGUGUUUAUGGUCGUUAUGUACGACGUUUACAACAUCAAAUGCAAGAUGCUCUGGCAUUGAAGGGAGCUGUUGCAAGCGAACGAUUGGGAAAUAUUCGUACUGUAAAAGCAUUUGCCCGUGAAAUUGAAGAAUUAAAAUGGUAUGAGAAAAAUGUGGAUACUGUCUUUCAAAUCAGUAAACGUAUGUUGUUUUACAAUGCCUCAUACAGUGCCUCAUUGCAGUUUUUGGGUUAUGGAGCUUUAUAUGGAAUAAUGUGGGCAGGAUCAAUGCUUGUUGCAACGAAUCAUUUAUCGCCUGGUAUUCUCUUUUCCUUUGUUCUCUACACGGUAUAUUGUGGUAUUGGUCUAAUGGGACUUACUAACCUUGUAACGGAGAUCAACAAGGGUUACGGUGCGAGUAUGCGUUUGUAUGAUAUUCUUGACAAGGAGGAGGCUCUACAGCAGAUGACUGAGGACACAACGAAGGUCAUUCCCUCUGAGUGCAAGUGGGAUAUUAAAUUCUCUGAUGUUUCCUUCACUUACCCUGCCCGCCCGGAGGCUCCCGUUUAUGACGGCCUCACACUUGAGAUCCGCCCCUCCCGUUGUACUUGCGUGGUCGGCAGCAGCGGCUCCGGCAAGAGUUCCCUCGCCGCGCUGCUGCUGCGGCUGUACGAACCGACCGCCGGCGCCAUCACCCUCGACGGCUGCGACCUCCGCGAGGUGGACGCCCGCUGGCUGCGCAGCCAUAUUGGUUACGUCGGGCAGGAGCCGGUUCUCUUCGCAGGCACCAUCGCGCAGAAUAUCGCCUACGGAGCGGACGCCCACGCGUGGGACGAACCCCUCGACCGAUGGCUCUACGCAGCCGUACUGGACGCCGCCAGCCGUGCAAACGCCCAUGACUUCAUCGCCGCUCUUCCGCAAGGAUACGACACCUUCGUUGGCGAGGGCGGACGCGCACUCUCCGGUGGACAGAAGCAGCGUAUUGCCAUCGCACGGGCACUCCUACGAUCCCCAAAUGUCCUCAUCCUAGACGAAGCCACAUCCGCGUUGGACAGUGAGUCUGAGGUUGUCGUACAUGACGCUAUUAGCCGCCUUAUUGAAGAUGCACGACGUGGACGGGAGAAGCGCGCCGUCCUCAUGUUCGCACACAAACUCAGCAUGAUCCGCAAGGCAGAUCAUAUCGUCGUACUUGAUAAAGGACGCGUGGCGGCACAGGGAAGUUUUGAGGAACUAUGCACAAAUCCCCUCUUCUGCCAACUUGUGGGGCUCUCUCAGGGUACCGCUCUGGAGGCUGCCAGCGUCAACCAGGAAUGCAAGAAUAACACGAACGAGGAAGUAAAAAGAAGAAAAAGGUAA